AUGUCCAGCAAACGGAAGGGCGAGCGAUCCAUUUCGCCUCCGCCAAGUAAGCGCAAGGCGCAAAGCAGCAUAUCAAAAGGAGCUGUCGCCAGCUUUUUCACGCCGACGUCUCAGAAGCCCAAAGACCGAACCGCCUGGAGCGAACGAGCCCCCGAGGAUGAUACCCCUGCCACGCUCCUGGUCGGCCGCUACGAGCCAGAGAAUAUGGACGCAUCAGAUCGGAGGAAGAGGAGGAAGAUAGCUGCGUUUGAUCUCGAUUCGACCUUGAUCGUACCGGCAUCAGGCAAGAAAUUCGGCAACGACCCUGGCGAUUGGAAAUGGUGGGACUCUUCCGUCCCAUCCCAUUUGAAGGAGCUGUACAAGCAGAAAGACUACCGCGUCGUGAUCCUAAGCAACCAAGCCGGCCUGACCCUCCACCCACACCCGAACUCGAAAGCCCCGAAGAACGCAGGCAAAGCGAAGGUCUCGAACUUCAAGCAGAAGUGCUCCGCCGUACUCGCACAACUCGACCUACCUACCACCGUCUACGCCGCGACAGCACGAGAUAACUACCGCAAGCCACGGACGGGCAUGUGGAAGGAGGUGUGCGAGGACUACGACAUACCCGAGCACGAAGUCGACCUCGAGAACAGCGUAUUCGUGGGCGACGCAGGUGGUCGGACAGCGCAACUGAGGGAUGCUGCGUCGGGUGCAGCGGCCACCGGCAAGGACUUCAGCUGUUCCGACCGGAAUCUGGCGCAUAACAUAGGCAUCCCGUAUAAGACGCCAGAGGAGUUCUUCCUAGGAGAACCGCCCCGGGAGUUCACGAGAGACUUUGACCUAGCCACGUACCCGUACCCGGAACAGGAUGACAAGGUAUUGUUCGAGCGAACCAACAAGCAGGACAUCGUGCUGUUCUGCGGCCCACCAGGAGCCGGUAAAAGCACCUUCUACUGGAAGCAUCUGAAGCCAUUGGGUUAUGAGCGGGUGAACCAGGAUAUCCUGAAGUCGAGGACCAAGUGCUUCAAGACCGCGGCGGAGCUUCUUGGCGAAGGGAACUCGGUUGCGAUAGUUGACGUAGACAACACGAACCCCGAUGCCGACGGAAGAAAGGAGUGGAUCGAGUUUGCGCAGAAGCACGACGGAGUGCCCAUUCGGUGCGUGUGGUUCAAGAUACCAAAGGCGCUCUGCGAACACAACGACGUUGUGCGAGCGCUCAACAAAACGUUGAACCCGGAAGCCCGAGCAGGUUUGCCUGGCAUCGCCUUCAACGGGUACUUUUCUCGAUUUAGAGAGCCCAAGGUCAAGGAGGGUUUCCAGGACGUGGUUGAAAUCGAGUUUAGCUUCCGCGGGACCAAGGAAGAUUAUGCUCUCUGGGCUCGAUAUUGGAAUUGA